AUGAGCGUGGGAUCUACGGAGAGGAGCAGAGCGGCUCAGGAGAAGGGAGGAGGGCGAACGUGCGCCUGGGUCUUCAUGCUCGGCCAUGGCGGGGGGAUCGUGAGCGGAGACAGGAUGAGGAUGAGGGUGGAUGCGCGGGAGGAGAGCACAGCGAUCAUCACAACUCAAGCAUCCUCCAAAAUCUUCCAGAGCAUCCACGGCAAAGUAUCGAGACAGGGGAUGGUGGCGAAGGUUGAACAUGGUGCUCUCCUGGCCAUCAUCGUCGAUCCUGUGGUUCCUUAUGCUCGCUCUCGCUACAUCCAACGGCAGAAGUUCUUCAUCGCGGGAAAGCGAGAAGGAAAGAAAGCAGGAUCCCUCCUCCUCAUCGACUGGUUCACUUCGGGGCGACAUGCUUGUGGAGAAGUCUGGGAAGCAGACUACCUCGAGACCCACAACGAUGUCUUCGUGGACGGGCAGCUUCUGGUGCAUGACGCCAUAGUGCUUGACAAGGAGGAUAAGAGCGGCCUGACUGUCAUGGAGAGGAUGCUUCCUUUCAACUGCUAUGCCAACGUCAUUUUGCUGGGUCCUCGCCUCGCAAGCAUCUCUUCCCGUAUCCUCAGCGUAAGAGAUGCGGAGGAGGAGGGGAAGGGGUUGGAGGAAGAGGAGAGGGCGGAAGAGAGGGCAGAGGAGGAGGAGCAGGAGGAGGAGGAGGAGGGUAACGAGGCUGCAGGACGUCUCCGAGCGGGAGCAGGAGGUCUUGGAACGCACGGGGAAGGUUUGCACAUCCGUGCUGCGGCAGAGGAUAAAGAUGAGUUGCCAGGGGCAGCGGGAGGAGGAGCGAGACGGGCUAGCAAGCUGGGAGAGGACGGAGUCUUCCUUCGGGUGGCAGGAAGAGGCUACAUGGACGUCGAGGGGUUUCUCCGACACGAGCUGGACGGGCUGGUGGAGGAGUGCGGGGAGGAGCUCUGGAAGCGGAAGUAUUCAUACCACUAG